AUGGCUGUAGGAAAGAACAAGCGCCUUUCCAAGGGCAAGAAGGGUAUCAAGAAAAAGGUCGUGGACCCCUUCUCCCGAAAGGACUGGUAUGAUAUCAAGGCUCCUUCAAUGUUCGAGGUCAAGAACGUGGGGAAGACCCUUGUUAACAGGUCGUCGGGUCUGAAGAACGCCAAUGACUCGCUCAAGGGCCGUAUCGUUGAGUUCUCUCUCGGUGACCUGAACAAGGAUGAGGAGCAGUCUUUCCGCAAGGUCAAGCUGCGCAUCGACGACGUCCAGGGCCGGAAUUGCUUAACCAACUUCCACGGAAUGUCCUUCACCUCCGACAAACUUCGUUCCCUCGUCCGCAAGUGGCAAACACUUAUCGAGGCCCACGUCGACGUCCGGACGACCGACGGGUACCUUCUCCGUCUUUUCGCUAUCGGCUUCACCAAGCGUCGCCAAACCCAGGUCCGCAAGACCACCUACGCCCAGUCAGCGCAGAUCCGGGAGAUCAGGAAGAAGAUGUUCGAGAUCAUGACCCGGGAAGCGUCGAGCUGCGACUUGAAGGAGUUGGUCCUUAAGUUCGUUCCCGAGGCUAUCGGUCGUGAGAUCGAGAAGGCCGCACGUUCCAUCUACCCCCUCCAGAAUGUCUACGUCCACAAGGCGAAGAUUCUGAAGGCUCCCAAGUUCGACGUGUCGAAACUCAUGGAGCUUCACGGGGAGGUCACUGAUGAGACUGGCACACGGGUGGCGAAGGACUUCAAGGAGCCGGAGGUUCUCGAGUCUGUUUAA